CAAAUCCACACCAUCAACCACCACCUCUCUCCACAAAAGCAAUGAAAAGAAUAGUUAAGGGAUUGACAUCAUUAACAUAUUUGACAAAAAGUGAACUCCUUUUUCCCCUUUCCAUCACCCGUUAUUGCUAGCCAUUCUUUUCCUUUUCCUAUUUUUUCCCACUCUUUCUAAUGCUAGUGGUUGUCCCCACUCUUGUUACCCUUUCUUAUUCUUAGACUCAUGUGAAAUUUGCCCUUAGGAGCAUGUUAGCAGCUAAACACAAAGGGUUAAAAAAAUUCUAGUCCUUGGGGGUGGAUAUGAGAGAUGGAGAACAAAGUAGAGAACCAAGAACAUCACCACCCUGCAUCUCUCCUCCCCAAUAUUCAUAGCACCAUCACAGCCAAGGAAGAGUCUCCAAGAAAAGCCAUUGGUGGCGGCGGCAGUGGUGGUGGUGGUGACAGGCUGAAGAGGGAUGAGUGGAGUGAAGGAGCUGUGUGUACACUUCUUGAGGCCUAUGAAGCCAAGUGGGUGCUCAGAAACAGAGCAAAACUCAAAGGCCAGGAUUGGGAAGAGGUUGCAAAACAUGUCUCUUCAAGAGCAAACAACACUAAGUCACCAAAGACACAGACACAGUGCAAGAACAAGAUAGAGUCCAUGAAAAAAAGGUACAGAUCAGAGUCAGCAACUGCUACAGAUGCAGCAUCUUCUUGGCCAUUGUAUUCUCGUCUUGAUGUUCUGCUUCGUGGGACAGGACCUGUGUCACCACUUCCACAGCCACAAACAGCGGCAACAGCAGCACCUUCUCAAUCACCACACCCCAGCAAUAACCAUGCCUUGAUGUUGCUAGAGCCAUCACUUGCAGUGUCACAAGCUCCCUAUGAACCACCACCUCCUCCAGUUGCUCCUCCUCCAGCUGCUACUGCACAAAACUCAUAUGGAUCCAAUGGUGUUGACAAAUUAGCCAAGGAAGAAGGAUUAGGAACUAAGUCAUCUGAUCAUGUGUCUAACAAGAAUCCAGUGGACACAGAUAGCAGCACACCUGCACUUUACAGUGAAAAGGAGGAGCUAAGAUGCAACAAGAGGAAGAUGAAAACAGAGAACAUGAACAAGAGAAGAAGGAAAGAAGACUCAGAGAUAGCAGAGAGCAUAAGGUGGCUAGCAGAAGUGGUGGUGAGGUCAGAACAAACAAGAAUGGACACAAUGAAAGAGAUAGAGAAGAUGAGAGUUGAAGCUGAGGCAAAGAGAGGGGAAAUGGAUCUCAAAAGAACUGAAAUCAUUGCCAACACACAACUAGAGAUUGCUAGGAUCUUUGCAAGUGUCAAUAAAGGUGUUGAUUCAUCAUUGAGAAUUGGAAGAAGCUAAGGUUAAUUAAAUCAUUUAAUCUGAUUGAAUAAUGGUUUGUGUGUAUAGAGUUUAUAAUCAAUUGUAAUAUAUUUUGAAGGGGAAGAGAAGGGAGAUUUAUAACAACUCUGUAAUUUGUCUAACUAGUGAAGUGAGCAACAUAAGGUAGAGACAAAAACUGUCUCUCCUAACCUUAAUUGUAGACCGUUAAUUGUAAGUUUGAAACCUUCUCUUCAAUUGAUAAAGAAAUCAAUGGCUGCUUCUUCCAUUA